AUGAGUUCCAUGUUGAGAAGCGAUGCAAUGUCAAUGUGCGAUGUCUAUCUGCAGCCAGAAGCCGCAUUCGAUAUUGUGUCACGAUUCGGUGAAAUGGGUUGCUUGCAAUUUUUGGACGUUAAUGAAGAUAUCAAGCCAUAUUUACGUAAGUUUGCGUCGGAAGUUUGCCGUUGUGCUGAGAUGGAACGCCGGCUUCAUUACAUGGAGUCUGAGAUGAAAAAGGACGAUAUUGAAAUUUCUGAUCUCGACCAAGACCCUCCGGCAUUGCAACCGAACGAAAUGUCUCAGUUUGAAAAUGCUUUGGAGAAAUGGGAAGAUGACAUCGUAGGCAUGUCCGAAAAUCAAACGGGUUUAUUAAACAACUAUUUGGAAUUGCGAGAAAUGUUAUACGUUUUGAUUCAAAUAGGUCCUUUACUCGGUAACGCUGAAAUUGCACCGGAUUCACUUUUGUCAAGAAAAGGAGGAGGUGAAACUGCAAGGAUUGGUGGUCGUCUUGUGGUCAUAUCUGGUGUGGUGCAACGUAACCGAAGCUUCCCAUUCGAGACAAUGCUUUGGAGAGUAUCUCGGGGUAACAUUUAUUAUAGGCAAGCUAGCCAGGACGCUACUUUACAAGAUCCGUAUACUGGCAAGGAUAUACGCAAAGUGGCAUUUUUAGCAAUUUGCCAAGGAGAACAGCUUAGUACUCGAAUGGAAAAGGUGUGCACGGGAUUCCGAGUCAACGUUUAUCCUUGUCCGGAAACAAAAGCUGAGAGACAGGAGAUGAUAAAUAAACUUUACCACAGGAUUGGUGAUUUAGAACAAGUCUUAAAGAAAACUAAGUAUCACCGCUGUAAGGCACUCAAAACGGUGGGCAAGCAGUGGAGUACGUGGAUGAUGCAAGUCAAAAAGACUAAAGCUAUAUACCAUACUAUGAAUUUAUUUACUCUGGAUAUAACUAAGAACUGUCUUAUCGGGAAAUGUUGGGUUCCUGAUAUGGAUUUGAUAAAAGUGAAUGAUGUGAUGGAACAAUGUUCGGCCAAAAUUGGUACUAAUGUACCCUCUUUUAUGUCUAAAACGGAGACUAUCGCCACGCCACCGACGUACCAUCGUACCAAUAAAUUUACUAGUGGUUUUCAAGCGUUGAUUAAUGCUUAUAGUGAGUCAUCGUACGGGGAAUUAAAUCCAGUUUGCUUACAACAGGAUUAUGACCGAGAACUCUAUGAAAAUGAAGAUUUCUAUAAUUAUUGGUAUAAUACACAUGAUAUUUGGACUAUUUUUAAGCUUGUUCAAUCACAUGAGCAGGCCGCGAGGGCUGAUGACGAUGUUAAUGUAUUUAUAAUGACCACCGUUUGGUCUAAUGGCCAGAGUAUUGAAAAUUUUCGUCCAGGGGUUAAAUUCCAGUCAAUGCAGACAGAGAAAUUGAAGGCUAAAAUAAGUCAAUUUAGAAGGUAUCAACGAAGAGAUUCUGAUAAAAAAGCGGAGGAUUUGUUGCUGGCCGAAGUUGCUAAAUAUUCAAUUCCUUUUGGGGAAUUAAUGAUCCAUCAGGCGAUACGUAGUAUUGAAUUUGUUCUAAGCACCGUAUCACAUACUGCUUCAUAUCUACGUCUGUGGGCGCUAUCGUUAGCACAUGAACAGCUGUCAGAUAUGUUAUGGCAGAUGAUAAUGUCAAAAUUAGCGCUUAAGGAUCGAACCCCAUAUGGUUCUUUGAAGAUAUUUAUUGUUUUUUCUAUUUGGGCUAUUUUCGCGGUUUCUAUACUAGUUGUUAUGGAAGGACUGUCAGCUUUUCUUCAUACAUUGCGUCUACAUUGGGUGGAAUUUAUGAGCAAAUUCUAUGAAGGCAAUGGUUAUCCUUUUCAACCUUUAACGUUCGAAGAUUUACGAGUCGGCGGUGAUAACGAUAAGGACUCAGAAACAAUGUGCAAGAAGACAAAACUACUUAAUAAGUAA